GACAAGAAUGGAGGAAGUUACCCCAAGGACUAUUAUCCAAGGAUUCAUGGAUGCUGCACAAACAAAUGAGACAGAGCGUCCCAAUAGGAAGCGAAGACAUUUGACAAGAACCCCAGAGGUUGAUGGCAGGCUUAGUCGAUCCUUGCCUUCCACAGAAAUCCGACUACACCAACAAGAUGAAGACAUGACACAUGAGAUGAAUGAAAGCACACCAGUAAAAACAAGAUCUAUGUGGAAGAAAAGAGAGUCAUUGGUAGAUUCUGUUAGACGAAAGAGAUUCCAUUUUCAACACUCAGACUCACCAUCAAGCAGUCAGAGCAAGAUCACACAGGAAAUCAGCCAGGGGUCAGGGUUACCCAGAAGAAAAUCACCAAGAAUAGCAACUCAGAUGGAAAGCAUGUCAAUAAGUCAGGAACUAUCAUCAGCCUCUGUCGAUGAUUCUCAAAUCUCUGCCAAAGUGAAAACAAGGAGGGAAAGAAGUCGGUUUCAUUUCUCAGUUCGGGAGGUUUCAACUACGUCACCCAUGCAAAAUAAAAGUGGCAACUUGCUGUCUUCCAAAAAUCAACAUGUUGCAUCCCCUCUUCCAGGAUCAUCAACAAGCCGUCGGUCUUCUUUAUCUGGGAAAGAGAUUGAACCUACUAUCCUAAGAUCCUCACCCAGAACAGCAUCACCAAGGAAACAAAACACACCUGUUGCUCAGACGCCAUCACAAUCAGCUGGAAGACAGCAGGAUUUAUCUGAGGAAGGAUCUGCCACUUUGCAAUCCACACCAAGAAGAACACUUCGCAGUUCAGCCAUAGCUACUUCAUCCUCCAAAACAAGGAACCUGACAGGAACUCCAAGCAAGUGGCAAACUGAGGCUAGUAAUGAAAUUGCAGAAAAUUCUAGAUUAGACACAGAGAAUAUGCCUCUGAGACCGAACACCCAGAAGCAUUGGAAUGCAGAAAAUGCUUUGUCUGCCAAUGUUUCUUCAAGUGAAAGAAACAGAAAAGAAGUUUCUGGUGAGAGUGAGGACCUAAUGGAGACACCGAGGAAAGACAGCAGUCUAAAUGAAGCAGCUAGAAGUGCAAUAAAAUUUCCAUCUACAAUGUUAACAAGUAGCAGACAAGAAGCAAGUUUGGUGAGGACACCUGAUAAAAGCAGCAACCAGAAUCUUCAAAACAGAACUCCAAACAAAAGUCUACGAUCUGCAGACUUUCAGAGGGUCAAAAUGUCUGCAAGUAAGAUCCUCACACAAUCUAGGAUAGGAAGCCCAUCUAAGAUCGAAAGCCCAUCAAGAAAAAAUACAACACCAAGACAACAGAGAGAUAUAAGGAGUCCAAGACCAACCUCAUCUCCAAUGAAAAACAUUGCGGACAGAUCACCAUUAGCCAUGCAACAACCAAUAAACAAAAGAAGCCUAAUGCAUGAUACAACUAGCAAGGAGACAGUGAUGACCCCCGUGUUUGAGCGUACAGCACUGGGACCCAGACAUUCCAGUCCUCUAUCUAGAACUCAUCACAUCUCAAUGACUGGAGAUGAAAACUUACCAGAUGUUUCCAUGAUUGAACACCAGGGAAGAACAGAUUUUCAAGAUGAAUUUGACAGAACUGAGUUAUUUCGACUUAAAACUCCCCACCUGGGACCAGCCAGACCUCAUAUCCCCUCUCCAUCUGACUCCCCUACUGAUUCCCCUAUCACACAAACUCUGAAGAAAAAACCUGCAGUCAAGUCAAAAACUUUGAAGAAACCAAGAGUGAAGGUGCAGUCCAGCACUCUCCCAGCAUCUACCAUUAAACAGACUUUCAGUCAUUUUUGUAAGAUGAGAGUGGAUAAAGAUACACUACCUGAGCUUGUUAAAAUAACAGAGGAAUAUUUUGACCAAGUUGCCAGUGAUCUGGAAGCAUUUGCUCAUCAUGCAGGGAGAAGAACUAUUGAUGAGAGAGAUGUCGAACUGCUUCUUAAAAGGCAGAAGUUUAUCACCAAGACAACAUCACUGACCCACCUCGUAGAAAAACACCUUCCUCUAGAAUUACGCCAGGAAAUCAUACCAGUAGCCCGAUCAGGAAAUAAAAUAUUCCCGCAGUGGUGAUGAAGGGACAUUUUGGUUGAACUAUGUGUUAUUUUACUUGUACAUGUGAAU